UGAUGUCAAGGUUGAGUAGGAGUACGUAAUGUAAACAGUCAAUGUAUGUAAUGUUGUACAUUUCCAGUGUUUACAUUUCGUAGCAGGAAAUCUGGCGGAACGUUCGAUAUAUAUAAUUUGGGUAACUAGUCCUCUUAAUAAAGAGCGAAUUCUGUAACUAGCACGUGGGUAAUGUAGAGGCAACACUGCGAGUAUAGUUAUUUUUACACGCUCCAACAUACGAUCGAUAAAACAACAACGCUGUUGCCGUGUUAUCUAAAUUUUCGAGUGAAAUUUUCAAUUAUUUUAAAUUGUCACAAUUCGUAUUAAACUGGUGCUUACGCCUGGUGCUCUCUUCAAAAUUGUAAACCCAGUUUUUCGUCUAACUGUCUAACCAUAAGUCAGAUAAAAUAAUGAGUAAGUACGUUCGUAUAAACGUAAAAUAAUACGUCACCGGUGUGAAAUUGUUCGGUGAAACUCUAUAAUAUCUCGAAUUUAACCAUGGACGAGUCAGUCGAGUCUGAAUCUAACCACACCUCUCCAUUAAUGGACGAAAUCGAAUAUGGACCAGCUUUGGUAGAUAGAACGAAAAUGUCAUUUAGACAGAAGCUCGAGGAGCAAUACGAACGAUUGGGUUGUUGGACCAUUACAACAAUGCUCUUCUCGAGCCCAUUCGUGUUCAUCUACCUAUUUUUCAAACCGCCAAUGUGGAUAUUUAACGUAGCCUAUAUUUUAUGGAUGAUUUAUGAUCGCGAAACUCCACACCGAGGAAGCAGACGAGUCAAAUGGCUGAGAAAAAUACGUUUCUGGCGCGGCCGAAGAGAUUACUUUCCAUGUAAAUUAGUCAAAACGGCCGAAAUACCACCAAACACCACGUAUUUGUUCGCUUCAUUUCCGCAUGGUUUUUUGUGUUAUGGCCCCAGCACUAAUAUCAUGAGCGACGUGAAUCAAUUCGACGAAGCGUUUCCUGGACUGAAUCCAUAUCUGGCGACUUUGAAUGGCAAUUACUAUGCGCCAUUUAUGAGAGAUUUCUACCUACUUUGGGGUGGUUGUGCGGUUUCGCCAAGAAGUAUCUCGCAUAUAUUGAAUGGACCUGCUGGAAACGUUUGCGUACUAAUCGUAGGAGGUAGAAGCGAACAAAAAAUUAAUACUCCAGGCAAGAAUCGUGUUGUUUUGAAAAACCGCAAAGGAUUUGUAAGGAUGGCAUUGAAAUCUGGCUCUUCCCUGGUACCAGUUUACUCGUUCGGCGAAACAUUCCUUUACAAGGAGCCCACAUCUAACCUAUAUAGACGUUUACGAGAAAAACUUCGAGCCAGCUUCGAUCCAGAGUUUUUCCUAUUCAGAGGUCCUUGCACACUGGGCCAUUUGUUUGGUCUUUUACCCUACCAACAACAAGUCACGACCGUCGUUGGCAAACCGAUUCCAGUACCAAAGGUGGAAGAACCCACGAAAGAGCUGAUCGAUAAAUAUCACGAAAUAUUUGUGCAAGAGUUUGUGCAAUUAUUCGAAAAAUACAAAGGAAAAUACGAUCCUGAAGGAGAAGAAGGUACCCUGCGUAUUGAAUAGAACAAGAUACUAGUGCAUUUAAUUCAUUUCAGUAAAGGCUAUGCCUAUUGUAUACUUACAUGUAAUGUAAGUUGUAGGUACUGUGUACCGAUUUAUACGGUUAUUUGAAUGUUAAUAAAGGCUGAAGAUGACUCUAACGAGCCUCCUCAUGUCCUCAUA